GGAGGGAGCAGUGCAUUGUGGGAAGGGGCGGUCCUAUGGGGCAAGAAAGCAGUGCAUUAUGACACAGCGUACCCCCCAGUAUCCCACAAUGCACUGCGGUGCCCCAGAAAUGGGGGGCCACAACUUGAGAGGGAGCAGUGCAUCAUGGGAAGGGAAAGGGCCCCCCCCAGUAUCCCACAAUGCACUGCAGGUGCCCCAGAAAUUGGGGAGGGGGUUGCCUGGAGCAGUGCAUUGUGGGAAGGGAAAGGGGGUCCCCCCCACAGAUAUGGGGUCCCAGUGCAAACCAGUCAGCCCAGCAUGGAUCAGUACAGCAUCCUGGGCAGGAUCGGGGAAGGAGCCCACGGCAUCGUCUUCAAAGCCAAGAACAUAGAGUCGGGGGAGACUGUGGCGCUGAAGAAGGUGGCUCUGCGGAGACUGGAGGACGGGAUCCCGAACCAGGCGCUGCGGGAGAUCAAAGCACUACAGGAGAUUGAGGAGAAUCAGCAUGUGGUGAAGCUGAAGGCCGUGUUCCCCCAUGGCGCAGGCUUCGUGCUGGUGUUCGAGUACAUGCUGUCGGACCUGGCCGAGGUGAUCCGCAACGCCCAGCAGCCUCUCACGCAGGCCCAGGUGAAAGGCUACAUGCUCAUGCUGCUGCAGGGGGUGGCCUUCUGCCACGCCAAUAAUAUCAUGCACCGGGAUCUGAAACCAGCCAAUUUACUCAUCAGCUCUGCGGGGCAGCUGAAGAUUGCAGAUUUUGGCCUCGCCAGGGUGUUCUCCAGUGACACAGUCCGGCUCUACAGCCACCAGGUGGCCACCAGGUGGUACCGCGCCCCGGAGCUCCUGUAUGGCGCCCGGAAGUAUGACGAAGGGGUGGAUUUGUGGGCUGUGGGCUGCAUUUUUGCCGAACUGCUGAACAAUUCGCCCCUCUUUCCUGGGGAGAACGACAUCGAACAGCUCUGCUGCGUGCUCCGGGUGCUGGGUACCCCCAGCCAGCGCGUCUGGCCGGAGAUCACGGAGCUGCCUGACUACAACAAGAUCUCGUUCAAAGACAACCCGCCCAUCCCGCUGGAGGAGGUGCUGCCUGACGCCCCCCCACAGGCCCUGCAGCUCCUCAAGCGCUUCCUGGUCUACCCUUCCCGGGAGCGCGUGAGGGCAGCCCAGGCAUUGCUGCAUCCCUAUUUCUUCACCCCCCCGCUGCCUGCCCACCACUCGGAGCUCCCUGUUCCCCAGCGCGGGGCUAGGAAGGCCCGGCAGGGACCCCCGCAUCAGCGUGACUUCCACGUCGAGCGGCCCGUGGAGGAGUCUGUGGUGGACCCCGAAUGGGUGGCCCCUUAUGUGAUGCGAGGGUGAAGAUGGGACAUGGGGCCUGUCCCCUCUAGGGGGCGCUGGCUCUGAAUCAGCCCUGUGGAGGGUGAAGAUUGGCCCCAGAUCCCUAUAUAGUCCCUGUAAUAGGGACCCCCAGUCUGUCUGUCCCCCCAGCAUCUCCCCCUCUGGUUCCUGGUGCUCUCUGGACUCUGUGGUGACACUGAGUUUUGUAAUUAAAUGGCUUUUGUUUACUGUGAA